UGGCAACCCACCUUGAAGCUGAUUGGAGUCCCACAGCAGCCAUCAAUCAACUCCGUUGCUCGACUCACGACAUCGCCAAACUGUUCCCCCCCACCACCCCGCCCGCGUCGCUAUUUUUGACUCGGCCCGGGCUGCUACGAAGCGCCGAAGCGAAUUGAUCGAACGGCCCUUCCCGGCGACGCCAGGAUGCAGAGAUCAAGGCCACUCGGGUCCCUCAAGGACAUCUUCCCUCGCAUCCACCAACCGCUACCGCUGAACCAGCGCGAGUCCCAGCGACUCCUCGAAACCAUCAAGACAUCAUUCCGCACACAGCUAGACCAAGAACAUGGCUGGAUCUCCCCAGGUUCUAGCACGGUGUCGCGGCUGACGAAUUCGACUCCCACCCAACCCAAAGCCGCCCCUGCCCAACCGAGACACACCCGGGCGACCGACCGGCACAUGCACGCCGUUCUCAACAACCCGCUCUUUAAUAAUGCUGCCGUGGCCGCGUCUAAGGGCUCCCGGAAAAGCUUGGAUGCACACAAGGCCAUUUUCGAGAAAGCCGUUUCGCGGGGGCUUGUGAAUCUGACGACCGCGCAUGGGUUUCUGAUACACAUCAAUCCUGUGGCGCCUGAGACGUCACCUUCAACGGCAAACUCGUCGCCAAGGAAACCCCCCCCAAACAUCGGUGCCGGUCUGCUCGUAUUGCAAUGGCUGCGGUCUUCUGGCCAGGAGCGGGACUUCAAGUUUCUUUCUAAUCGGGGUUUCGUCAGGACCCUUCUACCCUUCCUUGUCGCCGAGGGGCUUGAUGGCGUAGUUUGGGUCUGGUUCAAGCGCCUUCUAAAAGAACACGCCACAACAAAUACCUACACUAUGGCCCGACAACUACUCCGAGAUUUCGUGGCCGAGAAAUACUCUGGGGGUGACGUCGAGUCUGCUUUCGCUGCCGUUUUGAAAGCAGAUACCAUGGUCAGGGAGAUGAAGGUUCCUGUGGGUAUCCUGCAGAUAUCGUGGAAUUGGCUAGCGUAUCACGCUACAACACAAUCCACCGGACACAUGAAGCUGCCUACACAUCUCUACGAUCCAUUCGUCGCCGUAGGACGGGACCUCCAUGCCAAGUCGGCCCCGCUUGUGAUGGCGCUUCUCAACUUACAGCAUCCCGUCGACCCUUCCCCGAGCCUUGCCGUUGAGCUGCUCUCAAGCCAGAGAAGUUGGAGGGAAAAGGACGUACCCUUUGUGUACAUUCUCGACCUCUAUCAGUUAGGUAUCGAUACAGUCCGGCACCUGAUACGGACCCGCAACGCUGAGGAAGCAUCGCGUUUGUUGGACCUCCUGGGGAGAAACAUGCGCUUGCAUGCGAACACAAAAUGGCUUAACUGCGCCGCAGAUGCAAUACCUGCCUGAGCCCGGAGCUUGAGACCAAGCAUCCAUUGCAGGAGGCAGCCACCAAACAACCUCGUUUCACUUGCACGGGAUAGCCGAUGAGCACAGAUGCCACCCUCUAGUGUAUGUUUUUCAGGCGGCGUUGUUUCGGAACCGCGGGUGGGUUCAGCAAACGGAAGCAAACGAAAUUCCCUUGACGACGGUUUAUCCGACCAAACUCAAGUCGGCUCGAGCAAGUUUGGCGUGCA